UAGAACGUGGACAUGGCUCCUUCUCUGAAAACUGCAUAUGCUCGUCGCUGGUGGAUUGCUUGUACAGCAGUACUGGAAAAUCUUUUCUUCUCAGCAGUUCUUUUUGGAUGGGGCUCACUUCUCAUCAUGCUGCAACAAGAAGGAUUUUAUUCACACCUAUGCACAGAAUCAAACUCCACUGAAGAUAAUUUAACAUUCAUUAAAACAGCAGGGGAUAGCAGGGAAUUUCCACAGCCAUGGCCAACAUGCACAGCACAGGAGGAGAUGCUCAAUUUGGGCUUUACAAUUGGUUCCUUUUUACUAAGUGCAACGACUCUACCCUUGGGUAUACUGAUGGAUCGUUAUGGGCCUCGUCCACUGAGAUUAGUGGGAAGCUUUUGUUUUGCUCUGUCCUGUGCUCUAAUGGCUCUUGCUGGAUAUGAUCAAUCAGUACUGGCCCCGGUGAUAUUCCUUGCUCUGUCUCUGAAUGGGUUUGGAGGUAUCUGUUUGACCUUUACAUCUUUAACACUACCAAAUAUGUUUGGCAACCUCCGUUCCACCAUGAUGUCUCUAAUGAUUGGAUCUUAUGCAUCUUCUGCCAUAACAUUUCCAGCCCUCAAACUUAUAUACGAGGCAGGUAUCUCCUUCGUGGGGAUUAUGUUGGGUUGGUCCGCUUUAGCUUGCCUGAUUUUUCUCAAUUGUCUCAUCAACUGGCCAAAGGAAUCUAUCCCAUCACCUGAAGAAACCACUUAUAAGAAAAAGGUCACAUUGCGCUCUCUUGCACUAGACCACAAAGUCACCGGAGAUCAGUUUUAUACCCAUGUGACCAUGGUUGGCCAACGUUUAAGUCGGAAAGGAGAUCAUGAAGGAGGUCAUUUGUCUAAUGAAGACUUGCCAAAACAUGUAAAAAAUAAUGCACCUUUGCCUACAUUCGUACAAAGUGCUCGCUCCCCCAUCUUCCUAUUCUCACUUAUAACUAUGAUGAUGACACAGCUUCGGAUAAUUUUCUUCAUGGCUUCAAUGAACAAAAUGAUUGAAUACUUGAUGACUGAACCUCAAGAAAAUGGUCAGCACAUAAACGCCAUUGACCAUUCGGUUUAA